AUGACGAACCCCCUACUGACACCCUCGUCUAAAUUUGUCGUGGAUCACCAGGGCAGGAAACGCUUUCUAGGGCCUUCAUCGACAUGGGCGUAUAGUCACCAUGUAAUGGGCAUGAUACGAGAGUACGUCGGCCAUGAACUCUCACCCGAGGUCCCACUAAAUCACGAUGGUGUUGCUUUCAACAUCGAGCUACCGAGUAUGAGGCAGAAUAAUCUCGUCGUAAACAUCGAGGGCCUGCCUUCCCUGGACUAUGCCCUGUAUCUGACCAACACAGUCAAGUUUCACAUCGUCCAAACUUACCAUCUAUUUGACGAGCACAAGUUCAUGCCAGCCCUACAUUCACUAUACAGCGAUGGUCCACAGCUGGUGACCGCUGCGAAUAGGAUGUGGUAUGUCCAGUAUUUUCUCAUCAUGGCUCUGGUAUGCUGCGGCCUUGCUCUAUACCUCCAAGCUGUUGAUCACCGCAACAGUGCUUACGUAUAUCUUGGAACAGGUCUUCGGAUAGCACUCAGUCAAGGUCUACACCGUGAUAUUGCCGGCGACUCCGCUGACGAUCAUGAACUAAGGCGAUAUCGCAAUGCGUGGUGGACACUCUACAUCCUUGAUCGCAAGUUCUCAUCCCUUAUGGGCGCUCCAAGCUCUGUUCAGGACAGUGAUAUUUCCGUGCCCAUCCCAGGUGAUCAGACUACACCUCGAAGGUCCAGCUCAUUGGAGAUGCAUAUCAAGCUAUCAAGGCUCAAGACCAAAGUUCUCAACAGUUCGCCACUUCUCAUGUGUAUUUUGCGAGACAAGCUGGAGAUGAGCAGACAUGAUGACAAUGCCAACUGUGAGAUUGCUGAGCCUGUCAAGGCCUUGGUUAGAACCUGUUACGACUCCGCUCAUAAAUCACUCCGCAUCCUGACUACACUCCAGUCACAGGACCUUCUAGAACUCUUCCUCCCCUUUGAUCUCGACCACGCCUUCUCAGCUGGUUUCGUCCUGGCCCUUAUAUCCGCCGUUCAACCCUUCCCAGAUGCAGCCGGCGAGUCUUCUUUUGAGCUAACAAGAAACAUACUUGAUGCUUUGAUCGCUGGUGGUAAUCUCCCCGCACAAUUUCGGCUCCAGGAACUUGAGCGUCUCCAUGAUAUGCUGCACCUCAUUAAGCAGCGAGAUAUCAUGCCUCAACUCCGAGGUCAAGAGAACGACCGCAUCUCUGUUCUUGGAGAGCAGGGGAUAUCACCGAAUCAGAUACUGAAUGUUGCCACGUUGUUGGAUGAGCAUACGAACCUUGGUGCGGAUCUAAAUGAUGUCAAUGGUUGGCUAUGGGAGGUCACUGGUUUCGAGGGUCUCCCUCCCGUUUGA